AUGUAUGAAGUAAAUACUAACACUGAAUUGGCGAUGCAAGUUUUAGAGUUGACCAAGCAGAUGAAGACCAUGUGCAACAUGAUGAUAGAACAAGGGCAAAAUAGUUCCAACGAGGUAUGUGCUAUUUGUAAUAAUCUUGGACAUGCAACUAACAUUUGUCCUUCUAGUGAAAAUUUUCCAGAGUUUGUAGAACAUGCUAAUGUGAUGAAUUCCUACAACCAAAGGCCUAAUAAUCCUUUUUCAAACACUUAUAAUCCUGGUUGGAGGAAUUAUCCCAAUUUUGCUUGGAGAAACAAUCAGCAACACACAAGCUCUGGCAAUAACAAUCAACAAAGGAAACCUUCAUUGGAGGAGACAUUGGAUAACUUUAUUCAAGUGUCUCAAAAGAACAAUCAAAACUCGAACAAAGAUACCAACAAUAAGAGGCAUCCAUCAGGAAGGAAAGAUAAAGUUGAGGAGAAGCUAUCGAGUGCACCCAUUCAGAGUGAAAAUAUUGACUCUACAUAUGUUCCACCCAAGCCUUAUGUUCCACAUGUGCCUUUUCCAAGUCGAUUGAAUAAAAGCAAAUGGGAUAAGUCAUUUUCUAAUAUUUAUGAUAUUUUGUCUAAAGUUAAUGUUAACUUACCCUUGCUUGAUAUGAUUAGGAACAUGCCUGCUUAUGCUAAUUUUUUCAAGGAGCUGAACACUCGAAAGCAUAAGUAUGAGCCUAAUGAGAAGGUGAUUGUUUCUGAGACAGUGAGUGUAGUGCUUCAAUGCAAAUUGCCACCCAAAUUGAAGGAUCUUGGGAGUUUUAUUAUCAACAUCACUGUUGGUAAUAAACAAAAGGAAAGAGCAAUGUUGGACCUAGGUGCAAGUAUCAACCUGAUGGCAUUCUCAAUCUAUAAGCAGUGUGAUUGGGAGAGCUAA